UUCCGAGUGUCUCCCUUAUUGUCUGGGCGAGGCAAUUCGGCUAACUUUCGUACAUUAAAUAAGGGUCUAAGGGGUUUGGAAUUUGUUCCGUUUCGACUUGGACGUUACUGAGGCCGUUCAGUCUUUUCGAAAGCUCGAUUUCAGGUCUCCAGCCUGGUUUCUGGUGUUAUUCCUUUGUAAAUACUGUUAUUUGUAUAUACUGUAAAUGAUGACAUCAGUGGGCAGCAGCCGUGCCCGGGGCAGCUGGGAGCAGACGCAGAGCCAGACACAGAGCCAGACGGCGCACAAGCCCAGGCCGCAGGCCACAGCUGAGCAGAUUCGACUCGCACAGAUGAUUUCGGACCACAACGACGCAGACUUUGAGGAGAAGGUCAAACAGUUGAUCGACAUCACAGGCAAAGACCAGGAUGAGUCCAUGAUCGCACUGCAUGACUGUAAUGGGGACGUGAACAGAGCCAUCAACGUGCUGCUGGAGGGCAGUCCUGACACUGAUUCCUGGGAGAUGGUGGGGAAGAAGAAGGGCGUGUCGGGGCCGAAGGAGAGCGGCCAGACAGACGCCAACGAGGAGGGGAAGGAGAACAGGGAGCGAGGGAGCGAGCGGGAUGGGGCGCGCCGGAGAGGGGGGGCCCCGCGCCGGGGCAGGGGUUCCAGCCGGGGGCGGGAGUUCCGUGGGCAGGAGAACGGUUUGGACGGCGGGAAGGCCGGGGGCGUGUCGGGCCGGGGCACAGAGCGCGGUCGCCGCGGGAGAGGGAGAGGAAGAGGGGGCGCUGGGCGGCGAGGCGGCAGGUUCUCGGCGCAGGGCAUGGGCCAGAUUGAUAAGGGGGCCAGAUAUGAUUGUACAGGAGAAGAGAGGACCUUUAACCCCGCGGACUAUGCUGAGCCGGCCCAGGCAGAGGAGAACUACGGAGGGGGCGGGACCUGGAGCAACACGGGGAACCUGGAGCCUGAAGACGGAACCAGGCUCGAGUUCUCUGGGGUGGAGGGGACGAAUUACCCCAGAAAAUUCGACUCUGCUCCCGGAGCCUGGAGGACGGCUACGGAGGAGUGGGGUACGGAGGACUGGAAUGAGGACUUAACAGAGACAAAAAUCUUCACAGCCUCCAGCGUGGCCUCCAUGCCCCUCCCACAGGAGAACGUCACCAUCACUGCAGGACAAAGAAUCGACCUGGCGGUCCUGCUGGGGAAGACGCCCCCGUCGUCGUCCUCGGAGACGGAAGCCGCCGCCGCCGCCCCCGCCCCCGCCCCCGCCCCCCUGGAGCCGCCCCAGCCCCCCUCCCUGUCCCAGGCGCUGGUGUUCAGUAACUCCAAGCAAGGAGCCCCGCUGUCGCAACCCCCCUCCGGCACCCCCUACGCCCAACACAGCAUGGCCAGUAUGCUGAGUAAGAGCUUUGCCGAGGUGGGGGACCCCAAGGGGGGCAGCGGAGGGACGACGAGCGGCUCUCAGUUCCUGGAGCAGUUCAAGACGGCCCAGGCGCUGGCCCAGCUGGCCGCCCAGCACUCCCAGCCGGGCCCCCAGAACCCGGCAGCCUCCGCCUCCUCCUCCUGGGACACCAGCCCCCCCUCCCUGGGGCAGUACGAUUUGAAGUCCCAGCCAGAGUCGGGGGUCCACUCCUCCUUCACCAAACGCCAGCCCUACCAGCCCACCGCCCCCUCCGGCUCCUCCAUGAUGGACGCCUUCCUGCAGGACAAAGGCCCCGCCUCCUCGUCCCCGGCCCCCUCCUCCCUGCCCCCGCCGGCCGCGCCCGCCCCCCUUCCACCCCCCUCCUCGCCCCUCUCCAAACCGCCCGCCCCCGUCCCGGCCCCGGCCCCAGCCCCCGCCCCAGUCCCGGGACAGCAGGUGUCCCCCGGCUCCUCGGACCUGCAGUCCUCCAGCCCCCAGCCCCUGCAGCAGCACAAGCUAAAACCACAGAAGAAGAGGACCUCCAUCACCACCAAGAUCCCGGCGCUGGCGGUAGAGAUGCCCGGUUCGGCCGACAUCACGGGUUUGAAUCUGCAGUUUGGCGCUUUGCAGUUUGGUUCUGAGCCGGUGCUGCCCGAGUACGACUCCACGCCGGCGACCAGCGCGCCCGGCAACCAGGUCCAGAACAGCCUUUACACGAGCGCAAGCAGCGAAUCGGCGCCCUCCAUCCCCAACCAGGACCAAGCGUAUCAGGGCGGCGGCCUCCCCGGGGGCGGGCCCUCGUACCCCUCUCAGGCGGGGUCGGCGGGAGGGGCGGGCCAGCCCGCGCUGUACGAGCAGAGGGCCACGCAGACGCGGCGCUACCCCCCCUCCGUCUCCUCCUCCCCACAGAAGGACAUGCAGCCCAGCAAGAACGGGUUCGGCUCGAUGCAGACGACGCAGUCGGUGGAAGCCGCAGCAGGUUCUGCGGUCCCCGCGAAGCCGGUCUCCGACCCGACCGCCCCGGCUUCGGCGUCCGGCAUGGCCUCUUUGACGGACGGCGCGGCCGGCCCCGCCUCUCUGAUGACCGUGUCCAAUCAGACGCCGCUCGGCACCUUGGGCCACGCCGAGGACUUGCCCCCUAACUCCGUCACCCAGCCCCAGCACAAUGCACUCUCCACACAGCCGAACAGUCUCGCCCCCUCCUCCACGGUCCGGACGUCUAACUCCACGUUACUGCACUCUGGUGUGGACGGCGACCCCGGCCUGCACUCCUUCCCCUCGUCGGUCUCGGCCGUGGCCUCUUCCUCGGUCGCCUCCUCCUCCUCGGUGUCGGCGUCGGCCUCCCUCAGCGGCCCGCCCCCCUCGGUCACCACGGCGACGGCGCCGGCCGGCCUGGGCCCGGUCAGCGGCCUGGCCAUCGGGCUCAGCAGCGCCGGCUCCAUGGGCCCCCCCGCCUCCUCUGCCGCCGCCUCCUCGGCCGCUCCCCCCUCCUCCUCCACCUCCUCGUCACGCGCCUCGGUGGCCUCGUCAGGGAAAGCACCCCCAAACCUGCCUCCUGGAGUGCCCCCCCUCCUCCCCAACCCUUACAUCAUGGCCCCUGGACUCCUGCAUGCCUAUCCGCCCCAGGUGUACGGCUACGAUGACCUGCAGAUGCUGCAGACCAGGAUCCCGCUGGAUUAUUACAGCAUCCCCUUUGCCACUCCCACCACGGCACUGACGGGCAGGGAAGGAAGCCUGACCAGCAACCCGUACUCCGCGGGGGACCUGUCCAAAUUUGGGCGUGGCGACGCCUCCUCCCCGGCCCCGUCCACCACGCUGGCGCAGCCGCAGCAGAGCCAGUCGCAGACGCACCACACGGCCCAGCAGCCCUUCCUCAACCCCGCCCUCCCGCCCGGCUACAGCUACACCAGCCUGCCCUACUACACGGGCGUGCCCGGCCUGCCCAGCACCUUCCAGUACGGCCCCGCCGUGUUCCCGGUGGCUCCUACCUCGUCGAAGCAGCACGGCGUGAACGUCGGCGUCAACGCCUCGGCCACGCCCUUCCAGCAGGCCAGCGGCUACGGUUCCCACGGAUACAGCACUGGCUAUGAGGACAUGAGCCAGCCGUCUGGGAGUGGGGAUUUCUGUAAGGGUGGAUAUAAUACUGCUGUCGCUGCCGCUGCUGCCGCCGCCGCCGCCGCUGCCGCCGCCGCCGCUUCCGCGCAAAACAAGCCGGCCAGCUCCGUCACCGGGCCUGGAGUCGGAGUUUCUGUGACAUCCAGCAACACUGGGGUUCCUGACAUUUCAGGGUCUGUUUACACAAAAACGCAGUCGUUCGAUAAGCAGGGUUUCCACGCGGGGACCCCCGCCGCCUCCUUCAGCCUCCCCUCGGCCCUGGGGAGCGCGGGCCCCAUCAACCCCCCCGCGGCCGCCGGCUACGCCCCCGCCCCCUUCAUGCACAUCCUGGCCCCCCACCAGCAGCCCCACUCCCAGAUCCUGCACCACCACCUGCAGCAGGACGGCCAGAGUGGCACUGGUCAGCGCAGCCAGAACUCCUCCAUCCAACAGAAGUCCCAGGUCAACAAGCCUGCUUACAACAGCUACAACUGGGGGGCAAAUUAGUACCACCACCCCCCCGCCCUCUUCAAACACCCCUGGCCCGGCCCACCAACCAACCAACCUGUCCUGUGUCCCAAAACCUGGAAGAACCUCCCACUUCCCCCUCCUUACCGCCGCCUCCUUACCCCACUGUCUCCAACCCCCUGCGGACCCCACCCAUCUCCAGUUCUCUCUCCGUAUGUCAUGCCUGCAGUACCUCGCCUGGCCACUGGUGUACUGAGAGGGUUGGCACUGUGGGCGGGGACGGUGCUGUGGGCAUGGGGGCGGAGCUUGGCAGCAGGGUUAAAUGGUCUAAUGAAUUAACUGACCAGAAUGAGAGGGGGCAGCCAUUUUUAAAUGGGAUGUGUAGAGAGUGGUCUGGGUUUAUAGUCUUCUACCCCCUCUUCUCUGUUCUGUGCAACAUAGGUCUGUUUUAUAAAGGAAUUUUUUUCUCUUUUAAAGUUUUUUUUUUUUUUUUUUUUAACUGUUGGGGGGUGAGGGAGAGGGGCAUGUGCUGGCAUUUACUAUUUUUGUUUGCCCUCUCUCUCUCUCUCUCUCUCUCUCUCUCUCUCUUUUUCUCUCCCUCCAUUUCCCUUUCUACCCCCCUCCCUGUUCUUUGGGGGGGAGGGUUGGAAAGGUCUCCCCACUUCCCCAUGAAAGCAGAAAAUGGAAGUUCCUUCUGUUCAGUUUUAUUUUUAAUUUUUUUUUCUCUCCAUUACGUUACCAAAUUUAUUUUUAAAGAAAAAAAUCUCAAAUCGGCAAUGCAGUUCUUGUAGUUUUGUUUUUUUACCAAAUAUAUAUAUAUAUAUGCGAGCGCACUGGCGUGGGUUCGUGUGGAGUGUGUGUCUGUAUCUAUGUGUGUGUGUGUGUGUGUGUGUGUGCAUGUGUGCGUGUGUUUGUGUGCGCGCGCGCACGGGGGAGGGGCUAUGGCUCGUUGCUGUUGGACGCGAUGGGGCAGUAGUAGGCGUGGAGAGGACUUCUCACUGACUGCAGGCCCUCCUUUCCCUUGUCUUUUGCUGCAGAGAAAUGCACUUUUUUCCCCCACCUUUCUUUUUCAACCUGUUGUAUUUUCUGCAGGCAAAAGAUUAUUAUUUUUAUUUUUUCGUUUGUCGUUAUGUCGUCAUUACAUCCAGUUAUCAGUCUGGUUUAGGGGUCUGGCAAAUGGGGGGAGUUUGGGUUCUUGACACACGCACCCCCCCCUGUUCUCCCCGUCUCGUCCCUCCCACGCCAGCGGAACAAGCUCGCUCCUUCAGACUCGGCAAAAACACGGACCGGAUCGCCGCUCGCUGGACCGGAGUUAUGCUGGAGAGGCUGCCCUCUCGAAAAGUCCAGGCCCCCCCCCCCCCCCCACACUCCCCACCCCCAAAUCUGCACCGAAUGGAACCAGUCCAUGUUCCCUUCGACCCCCAUGUGUAUAAGUGUUGUGUUCUUUUUCUAACCCCCCCCCCUCCACUCACCCUCCCACCCCUCCACCCUUUCCCUUCUUAUUAUAUUAUUAGGAAACUUAAAAGCCGUGAUUAAUGAUGGACAGAGUUGUACAAUGGUUUUCGUUUGUCAGUGACUCUUUUCUUUUUGUACUGUGCGUUCAAAAGAAUUUAAAUGGAUAAACUUGUCUUGUAUAUAUAUAUAAAAAAAACACAAGUACUGUA